AUGAAGGCCCUCACACGCCUCGGCGGCCGGCUUUCCGCGUCAGCCACGACAAGCACGAUGGUGGCAAGCAGGAUGACGACGCCCACGCUGGCGGUGGCGGGAACGAGGGCGGCGUUCCGGGCGGUCGGCGGACAGGCGGCGGACGUGGCGCCCAUCGUGGGGACGGGUCCGCCGCCGCAGGCGCCCGUGAGCCAGGCGGAAGAGGCGCUGGCGAGGGUCAAGAAGCGGAGGCGGCAGGCGGAGAUGCUGAAGCUGGCGAAGCAGAGCAGGGCGGGGGCAAGCCACGUUCUAACGCUCGGCAAUGUGGCAGGCUCCCUCCAAGUUUUCCUCGACACCCGAGUCCUCCGACACCCAACAACCAAAGAAAUCAUCCAGAUCCCGACGACCAAGCCGCACCUCGCCACAGCGCUCGCGCUCGAGUGGGAUCUCCUCACGUCGGUGCAGGACGCGACGCGACAGCACCUCAUCCCGCUCACCAGCCUCGUGUGCCGCGCGCUGGACCUAGCAGCGGAAGACGCGACGCACGCGACGGGCCCAGGCAGCGGGGUGGGGCCGGCGCGGGCGCAAAUCACCAAGAUGGUGAUGCGGUACCUGGACACGGACUCGGUGCUCUGCUGGGCGCCGGAGGGCGACGUGACGCAGCAGGACGCGCAGGGCCGGACGCUGCGGGAGCUGCAGCAGGCGUCGGCGGAGGAGGUGGUGGGCUACCUGGUGUCGCGCGUGUGGCCGGGCAUCUCGCUCGUGCCGGUGCUGGACGAGAACUCCAUCAUGCCGCGCAGCCAGGACGAAGGGUCCCGCGCGGUGGUGGAGGGCUGGGUGGCGGGGCUCUCGGCGUGGGAGCUCGCGGGCCUGGAGAGGGCGGUGCUGUCGGCCAAGAGCUUGCUCAUCGCCGCGCGCCUCCUCGUGCAGUGGAGCGAGGAAGGGGCGGGCAUCGCGUCCCGGGGCGGCGGCGAGGGGCGGGAGCGGUUCGGCGUGGAGGCGGCGGCUAAGGCGGCGGGGAUCGAGGUGGCGUGGCAGACGGGGAACUGGGGCGAGGUGGAGGACACGCACGACGUGGACAGGGAGGAUAUUCGUAGGCAGCUUGGCGGAGUGGUGCUCCUCGUGGCCGGGACGGGCAAGGAGUAA